AUGAAACUGUUAGGCUCCAUAUCUCUGGCUCUUGCGAGCGCAGACCGCAAUGUUGAGCAUCGAAGUUUCGAGAGACCAAAGAGCGUUUCACAAAUCAACGCUGAAGGAACCAUUCCAAACGGGAUCAAGAAUCAAGCGCGACAAGGAUUUCUAGAUGGGGCUCAUCGAUGGCAUAAUCGGACGAUUCCGAUUUCUCUGAAUCGAUCACUCGAUGAAAACGGAAGCGGUGGACUUUUUCAAGCGAUCCGAGAACUGGAAGAAAAGAACAUUGCUCGAUUCAAACCCGCUGGCCCGGAAGAUAAAGAUUCAAUCAACGUCAUGAAGGGCGGCGGCUGCUGGUCCUGGUAUGGACGACUGAGCGGGGAGCAAGAAUUGUCCCUCGGGACUGGUUGUGGCUGGAUGAAUGUAGCUAUUCACGAGCUUUUCCAUGCGAUGGGAAUGGCUCAUACGCAGAUGAGAAGCGAUAGGGAUGAACAUGUGGAAAUCCUGUGGGAGAAUAUCAGCGAGGAGCAGGCUUAUAAUUUUGACAAGCUUGACGAUAUUUCCUUCAGCAACUACGGUUUUCCAUAUGACAAGGGAUCGUAA